AACCUGCUGGCGGACACUCUGGAAGCAACAAGCUCGACAGGACCAAACGUCUGUGCCGCAGCGGUGAGGUCCGCACUUUGACGGGAUAGCGUCUACAAAACAACGUUAUAUAUGACCACUACGUCUUAGCCUGACCUGAACUUCAGAAAGGAAGAUGUCAGCGGUUUAUAAAGAUGACCAGGAGGACUGGCUGACCGUGUGUCUCAAGUACCUGCUCUUUGUUUUCAACUUUCUCUUUUGGGUGGGUGGAGCUGCUGUUUUGGGUGUCGGAGUCUGGACACUGGUGGAGAAGAGCGACUACUUGAGUCUGCUGGCUUCCAGCACUUUUGCCGUCUCUGCAUAUAUCCUCAUCCUGGCCGGCAGCCUGGUGGUGGUGACGGGAUUCUUGGGAUGCUGUGCUGUCGUCAGGGAACAGAGAAGCUGUUUGUCCACGUAUUUCUUCUGCCUUCUGUUUAUCUUCUUGAUUGAACUGGUGGCUGGAGUCCUGGCUUAUGUUUACUAUCAGAAGCUGAGCGAAGAACUGAAGCAGCAUCUCAACCAAACUAUGACGGAGAACUACGCGCAGCCGGGGAAGGAGGCCGUGACGUUAGCUGUCGACAGACUACAACAAGAUUUCAAGUGCUGCGGCAGCAACAACUCCAACGACUGGAUGGUGAGCGCGUACAUUUCGUCAAACCAGGCAGACAGCAGGAUCGUGCCCGAUAGCUGCUGUAAGACCAUCACGCCCAUGUGUGGCCUGAGAGCUCAUCCGUCCAACAUCUACAAGGGAGGAUGCAUCACGAAGCUGGAGCAGUUUCUGGCAGACCACCUGUUGGUCAUCGGUGCUGUGGGAAUAGGAGUAGCCUGUCUGCAGCUGGCUGGGGCAGCCAUGACAGCCUGCUUUAUUUAUCUGCUCUAUAAAGAAGAGGAGGAUGACUUCGGUACAUUGUGAUUUAGCUCUAGAGCGUCUUUGCGGGGUUUAAUCAGCUGGAGAGACAAGAUCUGUGGGAUGGUGUUCACCUGCUGCUUGUACAAAAGGAUCAAGAUGGAGCCUUACUGAGCACAACCAGUCGCUCGACACACACACACACACACACAUACACUACCUACACCUGACAGAUGGAGAACACACCUGCUGACACCUAACGGCAGAACUCUGAAUUUUAAACUCUGGUCUAAGCCAAACUAAGUGUGAUUGAAUGACGUCUGUUUACAUUAUUGCCUUGGCUUAGAUGCAUGAAUGAAAACUUUAUUCAUAUUCCAUUCUACUCAACUGAUGAUAGUGAUGCAGAUCGAUUAUUCACGUUUUCACGGCCUGGCCGUUGCGGUGCUUGAGUAAGCUGAAGGAGAACACUGUGUAUGCUGGUAUCACUGGUGAUUAAAAACAAAGGUAACUUAUAUUUGUAUUUUUUUUUUUGUUUUUUGGUAAAACAUAAUGUGCCUCAUUCACAGUAUUGCUGAUAAAUCAUCAUGUAUUAUUUCUGUACCUAAAGUAUUUUAAUAGACUGAAAACAGAAACCUAUUAAAAUAUAGUUUACUAUCUUUACUGACAAUAGCACUCGUACAAUGUAGAAUCUAUGUUUAAUAAAAAACCUGAAAUGAUAUAUUAUGCACAGCUAUGGAAAUAUGGGACUUCCCGGGCAGAUCAUUAAAUAAAUGGAAACAUGACGGCA